UGUAGUAAACCCCUCUUUUGGUCUCUUCCUCUUCUCUUUUCUGAAAAAAAAUCUCAACUUUUGAUCAGAAAUUUUCCAUCAAAAAGCGCAACAAAACAUCCAUCCAUGAGCGUUUCCUCGUUUCCCUGACACAUGUUUUUCGCAUCAUUCUUCAUAAUUUUUUUCUAAAAGGAAGACGAAACUGACCAACCAAGCAAAGCAGCCACUUCUCUUCUCCAUUAACAAUCCUCAACAUGCCUCUGUUUCAUUCGCCAUCAUGUCCCUAUUCUUCCUCUCUUUCCUAAUUUCUUGAAUUCUCAACUUUAUUCGAGUUUAGACAAACCUCUCUAGAUGUCUAAGAACUCACAAGUUGAAGAAAAUGAAGGAGCGAAGCCAAUCUGUGAAGCCUUGAAGAGAUUCAAGAGGUCGAGGCUCGUGUUCGAGCCUUCUCUAGGAGUGUUGGGUUUUUUCUUGGUUGGGGUGUGUUUGGUCUGGAGCUUUUUCUACUUUGAUUACAGAAGCGUGGCUAAAAGCUAUGGACUUUCUGACAAAUCAGAGAGAUUCGUCUGGCUCAAGCUUGACAACAACAACAACAACAGCAACAGUAGUAGUAGUAGUUCCAAGAGAGUUGGGUUUCUGGAAGAGGGUGGAAAUGAUUGUGAUGUGUACGAUGGAGAUUGGGUUUGGGACGAGUCUUAUCCAUUGUAUCAAUCCAAAGAUUGUAGAUUUCUCGAUGAAGGUUUUAGGUGUAGUGAGUAUGGAAGGUCUGAUUUGUUCUAUACCCAGUGGCGAUGGCAACCUAGACACUGUAAUUUGCCCAGAUUUGAUGCUAAACUGAUGCUAGAGAAACUCCGGGACAAGCGACUAGUGUUUGUUGGAGACUCGAUAGGAAGAAACCAGUGGGAGUCUCUUCUUUGUCUACUAUCUUCUGCGGUCAAGAACGAGAGCUUGGUUUAUGAAGUGAACGGAAGUCCCAUCACAAAGCAUAAAGGGUUCUUGGUGUUCAAAUUUGAGGAGUACAACUGCACAGUGGAAUACUACAGAUCUCCAUUUUUGGUUCCUCAGAGCAGACCACCGGCUGGAUCACCUGAGAAGGUUAAGACAACGUUGAAACUGGAGACUAUGGAUUGGACUUCUAGCAAAUGGAGAGAUGCAGACGUUCUAGUGUUCAAUACUGGACAUUGGUGGAACUACGGGAAAACUAUUAGAACGGGAUGCUACUUUCAAAAAGGGAACAAAGUAAAAUGGAAGAUGAAUGUAGAUGUUGCGUAUAAGCUAGCAAUGAAUACAGUUGUCAAAUGGAUACAAAGCGAGGUCGAUUCAAACAAAACUCAAGUCUUCUUUCGCACAUUCGCUCCUGUGCACUUCAGGGGAGGAGAUUGGAGAACAGGAGGAACAUGUCACAUGGAGACAUUGCCUGAGAUUGGAACCUCAUUGGUUUCAUCAGAGACAUGGGAACAGUUAAAGAUCCUUGAAGAUGUGUUGUCACAUUACUCCAACAGAUCAGAGACUGUUAAAAUGAAACUGUUGAACAUAACGUCAAUGGCUGCUCAAAGAAAAGACGGCCACCCAUCGCUCUACUAUCUCGGUCCGCUUGGUCCUGCACCGCUGCAUCGCCAAGACUGUAGCCACUGGUGCCUUCCCGGUGUUCCUGACACAUGGAACGAGCUCCUCUAUGCAUUGUUUAUGAAACAAGAAGCUUCUUAUUCUUCUGGAAGAGUCGAAGAAGCAAAUAUUAUAGGCAACGUCACAAUGUCGUGACGCUGGACAGAACAAGGAAACAACAAACAAAAGCAAGCUCUUGUUUCUUCUGCAAUUUCUUUGAAGAUGCUGAAAGAUCAAAGAGGGUUGAGAUUUUUUGAUUGGGUGAUUAGAUUAAUUGGUUGGGGAUAUGUAAUUAAGUUGAUUAUUUUAAUCUCUGGACCAGUGUUUUAAAGAUAAAAAUAUCAAAUGAUGUUCAAAGUUUCAUAUA